GCCAAACUAACAAUGGGCCCUAUACACCUGUGUGUCCUCCUACCAGUGGCAACGUUGCUUCUGUCCGUUGUCGCUGCUGAGCUGACAACAACGGUUGAUGACGAGUACACUUGGCCUCAAUGGAAUUUGCCUCUGGUAAGGAAAAGGCGCACUCUGCCGCUGAGCAGUCCCAACUUUUCAGCUCAUCCCAAAGCGGAAGUGAGCGGAACUUGCGGGAUCGAGUGCCAGCGCGGCCUGCCAUUGCCCUCCCUGGAGGAACUGGAACAGUUCCUGUCCUACGAGACGGUUUAUGAGAAUGGCACACGCACGUACACCUCUGUGUCAGUGCAAGGUCUCGGCGAGGUGACAGAUUGGUCUAGAAACGACUCCUCCAGGACCCGUCACAAAAGAGAGGUGUACGGCACGGACACUCGCUUCACUAUUGCUGAUAAGCAGUUCUCCACUAAAUAUCCCUUUUCCACCACUGUCAAAAUCUCCACGGGAUGUUCAGGAGUUCUGGUGUCACCCAAACACGUGUUGACUGCUGCCCACUGCAUCCACGACGGAAAGGAUUAUUUGGAUGGUGUCCAGAAGCUUCGCGUUGGCAUUCUCAAGGAGAAAUCUAGAAGAGGGAAAGGAGGCAAAGGAAGAGGAGGACGAGGGAAAGGCAAAAAGAGAAAGGGGGACAGUGCUAAAGAAGAAGUCAAGCAAGUGGAGGAGAAAGGAUCGACCCGAAAAGGAAAAGGCAGAAAGAGCCGAAGUCGUCGCAGCGCGGAGGUGGAGAAACCUUCCUUUCGGUGGACCAGGGUCAAGAAAACACAAGUUCCUAAAGGUUGGUUCAAAGGUGUGUCUGAUGGACUGACAGCAGAUUAUGAUUAUGCGGUUCUGGAGCUGAAACGAGCCCCCAAAGUCAAGCACAUGGACUUGGGUGUGAUUCCCUCAGUCAAGAAACUCCCAGCAGGAAGAAUCCACUUUUCUGGUUUUGAUGAUGACCGACCGGGGAAUCUCGUUUACAGGUUCUGCUCUGUGUCUGAGGAGUCCAAAGAUUUGUUAUAUCAGUACUGCGAUGCCAAACCUGGUUCCAGCGGCUCUGGCGUAUACAUCCGUCUUAAGGAGCCUGGCAAGAAAAAGUGGAAGAGAAAGAUCAUCGGAGUGUUCUCUGGCCAUCAGUGGGUGGAUGUUAAUGGUGACGGGCUGCAGCAGGAUUACAACGUUGCAGUGAGGAUAACGCCUCUCAAGUAUGCCCAAAUCUGCUAUUGGGUCCACGGGGACUCAAGUGAGUGUCAAGUGUCCUAA